UAUGGGAAAGAAUUAUAGAAAUAGAUCAAAGACAUCUGACACCCCAAGAAAACCCUUUGAAAAGGAACGUCUUGACAACGAGUAAUUAAAUAUAAUUAAUUUUAGAUUACAAAUUAUUGGUAAGUAUGGACUCAAGAACAAAAGAGAAGUAUGGAGAGUUCAACUCACAUUAGCUAGAAUCAGAAAGGCAGCAAGAGAAUUAUUAACUCUUGAUCCAAAAGACCCAAGAAGAUUAUUUGAAGGAGAAGCUUUAAUUAGAAGAAUGGUUCGUUUUGGUUUAUUGUCAGAAUAAGAAAGAAAGUUGGAUUAUGUCUUGGGUCUCACAACAUAAAAAAUGAUGGAAAGAAGACUCUAAACUUUCGUAUUUAAAAGUAAUUAAGCAUCCUCAAUUCAUCAUGCCAGAACUUUGAUUAGAUAGCGACAUUUUAGGUAAAAUAAAUGAUUUAAUAUAUAUAUAGAGUUGGAAAGAGAUUAGUCAAUUCUCCAUCAUUUUUAGUAAGAGUAGAAUCUGAAAAACUUGUUGAUUUUGCUGUCACAUCACCAUUUGGAUAAGGAAGAGAAGGAAGAAGAAAGAGAAAGAAUGCCAAGAGAGUAAAACCAAAUAAAGAGGAAUGAAA